AUACAAAAUACGAAUCGAGCGGCGGGCGCGUUGUUUAUCAUUCCGGGUCUAUAUAAACGUGGGAGCAGACAGGCGGGCUCAUACACUGCCGGAAAAUAUACCACGCUAGUAAUACGCUAGGAGGCGAGUUCUUGAGAGUUCUAGAGAACCUUAUUCACCAUGAAAAUCCUGAAAGUUGUUGUGUUUGCUUUCUUCGCUCUUCUGCUGGUGGCUGUGAAGGCGAUCCCGCUGACGGAACCCAGGCUUGCUAUUGAAGUGAUCGCGCUCGAAGAGGGAUGCGUCAGACAAGGCGGUAUCUGUGUGCAUACUGAUGACUGCGAUCCGAACAACCAAGUGCAUAUGGGGGAUUUGCUCUGUCCAGCACAACGGCACUUAGGAGUCACUUGUUGCUAUGUCUGAGACUCGGCAGAUGCUGAACCAUCGCGCGUACUUAUGUAUAAUUAAUGUUAAAAAUAUAAACUUAAUUAGGCUAAGUUUAAAUUAAGCUACUAUUAUAGAUAUAUCUAAGAGUAAUUUGUUAUUGUUCCGUAUUAAAAAAGAACUCCGUCUAACAGCGCUUUCGUACUAGCG